AUGAGUUGGCAACACAUAGCAGCCGACAUACUGCCCUAUUACGAUUAUACCGUGGGUAUCAUCUCCUAUAUUUUGAAUUGCCUGGUAAUUUACUUGGCCAAAACGCAGAUGCAUAAAGGCACCGCCGAAUACAAGACAAUCUUGUAUCUGAAUUGUGGAGUGGAUCUGAUUUUCACCACCGUCAGUAUAAUUACAAGAACUGUAUGUUUUUUUAAUCUUUGCAUUUCAAAUGUUUUCGCUCCGAAAGUCACCAAAUUCUACUCUUCAUGGUAUACUACGCACAAUUUUCAGAUGUGCGAUGUUCAAGACGGCAUUUUUUUCAUUCUAAGCACCGGGCCUCUGGCCGACGUACCUCAGCCGUAUGCGGCAAUCAUAGCGUUCAUCUGGUCGUGGGCAUUUAUGCUUACCGUGGUUACGGUACCUAUUCAAUUUCUUUAUCGCUACAGCCAAAUAUGCCUCAAAAAUCAGAUCACCACCAAACAAUAUGUCCUGAUUUACGGCGGAUUUAUUUUGGCGGUCGCAGUGCACCUCGUGGCGGGAUUUCAUAUUUACGUGACGGAUCCAGAAGCACUGAAGGAGUAUGAGCAUUUGUUGCGACGGAAUCCGAUGUUUAGAGAGAACAUGCCUGUCUUCAAUGUGGCGAUUACGGUAAAACACGGCUAAUAUAAGCCUGUCUGUAAAACAGUGGCCGUCGCAAAACGAUGAUGGGCGGUUACAAGGCGCGUCGAAUCCACAUUAUUUUCCCGAAUAAUAUCAGUUUGUCGGGAAAGUAAUGAGCACAAUGUUGCUGCGCCAAUCGCGUCGUUGAAGUGUCAUGAUUUCCCCCGACAGACUGAUAAUAGUCAUGAAUUGAUACUGCUGCGGUAGCACGCCCUACGAACAUAAUAUCAGUCUGUCGGGAAAACAAUGUGGAUUUGCCCGAGAAAAUUUUCUCGCUUUGCCGUAGCCGUGUACCAAACCCCUAGCCCCUUACAGCCGCCGCAACGUUAUGAAGGACGGUUCCAAGGCGCGGCGAAUCCACCUUAUCUUCCAGACAGACUGAUAGGUAGCAUUUUGUCUCACAGUUAUGCUGGUAUGUCCUAUUCUUUCAGACCUCUCUAAUCACACAACUCCACAUGUUGAACACCAUGCUCAUUGUUUGCGUUGCCUAUGCGGUAGCCGUCUAUUGCGCGGUAAAGACGCUGAAACGCCUAAACGAAAGCCAAGACUCGUUUUCGGAAGCCACACGGGCCGCACAGCGGCAGUUCACCAUAAUCAUGUUUGUGCAGGUAAAUCAACCAAAAAGUUACGUCUAGAAGAACGAGUUUAGGCGAUCAACCCUCUUGUCAUGCUGAAUAUACCGAUUUGUCUGGCAUAUUCGUUGACUCUGCUGAAUGUGACGGUCAGUGGGCUCACGCUGAUGAUGGCACCAUUCCCCAUUUUUAUUCCAAUUGUCAAUCCGCUCUGCGUAAUUCUUGUAAUUCCCAACUUCCGACGAUUCGUUUUUUGUCGGAAAGGGAAACAUGUGCAAAUCGCAACAACCUCUCAAAUCAUCUCAACCAAAACGACAAUGACACCCUCUGAAUAAUUUCAAAUUAUCUAUAUAAUACAUGCAAUAUUGAACAUAUUUUGAUAAUAAACUCACAACGGAGUGAUCCCAAGUGCGACGCUCCGAUUUUCUUUAAAUUUUACAGAGAUUUUGGGCAUGGGCAGGGGUGGCCCGCUUAGGCCCACCCGGCCCGUUUAUGCCCGUCUUACUUUUCCCGCAAAUUGCGAUAUCUCGUUUUGGUGAAGAGAUAUCAAAAAUCUGAUAACAUCUUAAAGGGUCAGCACUCCUCUAAACCUAGGGCUAGCCGAAGUUUCAAGGCCAUCCGGUUACUGAGAAAAAAAACGCGGGGUUUUUUUUCGAAAAAACGGGCCCAGACGGGCCAGGGGGCCACCAUAGGCCACAUAUCAAUUCCUGAAAGUUGUAGCUCGCUCUUUGCAGGGAGAGUCGAGAUUUUGAACGAUCUUUGCGGCCGAGAGAGCACACGCAAUUCUAUCGAUGCAAGGCCUAUAUAGGAAACGUAGAGAGCCAUAAAAAAAGUGGUUCGAGGCGCCAACGAGGCCUGUGAAAGCCGUUGAAUGCUCGGCGGACGUUCGGCGAAGGCUCGGUGGAGACCUACAACAUGACCACCCUCUCGCAGCCAUUGCUAACACUGUUUUUCAUAAUCCUGGGUUAUUGUCGCAUGGAGAAGACCAAAACAUCCUCCAAAAAACAAAGAUCCGUAAGUAUGUUAAAGCAUGGCUGCAAUUAUGGCCCAUAAAUAAUAAGCAAUUUAAUUUUGGACUGCAUAGUCGGCGCGCACUUUUUGUUUUGUCGCCGUUUGCAAAUUGGCGGUAAAGCCUUCACGGAGGCUCUAAAACUGUGAUAGCGCUCGUUGAAAGAAGUGGCUAAUUUUGUACUGCUUUUGUAGGCUGAUAAUAGUCGACGCCCAUGCGAAUUAACCUCACAGUAAGCGCGGCUGCAAUGUGAGUCUGAAAAAUUUUGAAGGCCCGGCUCGGUCGCGCCAUGUAAAAUUUCGUGUUCUUGUAGAAAAUUUUUCAGCAAAAAAUGAGUUGGCAAGACGUAGUAGCCGACCUACUGCCAUAUUACGAUUACACCGUCGGUAUCACUUCCUAUAUUUUGAAUUGCCUAGUAAUUUACUUGGCCAAAACGCAGAUGAACAAAGGUACGGCCGAAUACAAGACAAUCUUGUACCUGAAUUGUGGAGUGGAUCUGAUUUUCAACACUUUUAGUACGAUCACAAGAACUGUAGGUUUUAAAUUUGCGCAUUUCAAAUUUCUUUGUUCCAGAACGUAGCCCAAACUUACUCUUCAUGGUAUAUCAUGUACAAUUUUCAGAUCUGCGAUGUUCAAGACGGCAUCUUUUUCAUUUUAAGCACCGGCCCUGUGGGCAAGGUACCUCAGCCGUAUGCUGCAAUAAUUUCAUUCAUCUGGUCAUGGGCCCUGUUUCUCACCGUAGUUACCGUGCCCAUCCAAUUCCUCUACCGUUACAGCCAGCUCUGUCUCAAAAAUCAAAUCACCACCAGAACGUAUGUCCUGAUUUACGGUGGAUUCAUGUUGGCGGUCGUAGUGCACCUCGUGGUGGGAUUUCAUGUCUACGUGACGGAUCCAGCUGCUUUGAAGGAAUAUGAGCCUUUGAUGCGGAGGAAUCCAAUGUUCAGAGAGCACAUGCCCGUCUUCACUGUGGCGAUUACGGUAAGCAAUGGCUAAUAAUAGUCACUUUUUUCUCACAGUUAUACUGGAAUGCCUUUUUCAGACCUCCCUAAUCACACAACUGCACAUGUUGCACUCUAUGCUUAUCGUUUGCGUCGCCUACUCGGUGGUCGUAUAUUGUGCAGUCAAGACGCUACAACGCCUAAAAGACACGCAAGAUUCCCUUUCCAAAGAAACACUAGCCGCGCAGAGACAGUUGACAGUCAUCAUGUUCAUACAGGUAAGCCAAAAUUACUGGUCUAAAAAAAGUGCCUAGGCGAUAAACCCUCUGAUCAUGCUGAACAUGCCCAUUUGUCUAUCGUUUACGUUGACCCUCCUGAAUGUGACGGUCAGUGGGUUUUCGUUUAUCAUUUCGCCACUCCCCUAUGUCAUCCCAAUCGUCAAUCCGCUAUGCGUGAUUUUUGUGAUUCCCAGCUUUCGCAGGUUCGUUCUAUGCCAGAAGGGAAAACAUGUGAAAAUUGCAACAACCUCUCAAGUCAUCUCAACCAAAGGCUAACGUCCGAAUGACUGUAGAUAUUUCUAUGUUUACUCUGUAAUAAACGCUUCGAUCCUCUAAUCUUUAAUCUCAAGCAGUUGAAUACUCCUCGGGACAUACAAGUCGCGCCAUAAACUCCGAAGAAUUUUGUCGGAAACCGUAGCAAACACUCUGUCCGAUUCCACCUCCGCCCUGACCGAGAGACGAAAAGAAUUAAAAACGAGAAUGGCUUGUGGUCUUGUGUUGGUAUCUGCACCGAAUACCCUCUGCAACUUUCUACCUGAAAAUACUUGGCCUUCCUAGUGGAAGGUUGCUGAAGUGGAAUGCGGGUCUUCGACGCGAAAUUGUUCCCGCAAGAUUGGCAGCGUGAAACAGAUAAGCUCGGCUCGAAUAAAUGUUUUUAUCAACGACGGAAAUCAACUGCAGCAGAAACAAUAAAGUAAAACUCCAAAACAAUAUGAAACUCUCACAACAACAACAACAACGCAACCACAACGCUUUAAAAACAACUACAACAACAAAACACCACCAACAGCCGAAUCCGAUCUCUGUCUAAUUGAAUUGAAAUGGAGAAAGAUUACGGUUCCUUGAUUCAGAGACUUCGCUUCGGAACCGCUCCAUAGAAUAUUCUCGAACGUCGGUACGAAAAAUCUGGGGAAUCAGUUGACACGCGGGGACACCUCUCCCUCUCUCGCCCUCUCUGACUUCAGAAAUUACAUCGAGUUGAAAUAAAUAUGAUUUGAACUCCAGAUUCGGUGAAAUCCGACACCGUGUAAUUCUACGGACUUUAUGUCGCGACUAGCAAUGUAUGCCGACCUUUUUCCGCUAUUUUACGCGCGUCAAACUUGAAGUCUCGUCAAUCCAACGUGACAUGUAUGGCCGUCUACACGCCAAUUUGUCUACACACAAAAAAUGGAACAAAAAAUGUCGUCAAAACCGGAGUCUUUGAACGAUCUCUCAAAUUUAAGGAACCCUUACGCUUUGAAGUAUGGGCCUUGAUAACCCGUAAAAAUUUUAAAACUCGGCCCAUUCUUUUGAAACAAAAAAAUUCAAUUUAAUUUUCGUUGCCGGAGGAUUUUGUAAGAAAUUUUUUUUGCUUACAGUUAGUUUGUUAUAUAGUUGCAAGACGCGCUUGGAAACAGCAUCAUACACUAGUCUAAACAACCAAACGAUUAAACAACGUUUUCACAUUUUGUCCAUAAAGUGCAAAUACGUGGAAAACGUGUCAAAAACGGCUAAAAUCAGGCCUUUUCGUGUUAAAACUAUACUUAAAAGCCCUUGACCUUUUGACAAGGAAAGUACUUUUAUGGGGGCUCCUACUUUUUGACGGGACAUAGCUCAAAAAAUCAGAAAAAAUGUGCUGAUCAAGGAUAUAUAAAUCUUAGCUGCCCAUUUUGGGCUUUUAGGGGUGAAAAUGCCCAAAAACUGGCUCAAUUUCCCUACAAAAGGCGCAUGCAUUCGAAACGAUAAAAAGCGCAGUCGGUCUCUUCCUUCGAAAGAGAGCGGUGUGGCCGAGUGGCUAGUGCCGUAGUCUGGGAAUCAAGAGGGGGAACGCCGCACGGGUUCGAUUUCCCUUUUGGGCCGAAUCAACUUUUUUUGAAGCUGAAGGUCGGAAAAAUAAAUUUUUGGGCCAAGACUGAUUUAUUACGUCUUAGAAACUCAAUAAACAUCAUUUUAAGCCAAAAUAAAAAUUGUAAACCCGUGAAAAAUUUGGCGAAAAGGGGUUCAUAUAGGACUUUAAGUCAACUUCCGAUUGAGUUUUCACCCCUAAAAACCUAAAAUGGGCAGCUAAGAUUUAUAUAUCCUUGAUCAGCACAUUUUUUAUGAUUUUUUGAGAUAUGUCACGUCAAAAAGUAGGAGCCCCCAUAAAAGUACUUUCCUUGUGAAAUGAAAGAGUGGGAAGAAGUUCAAUGGCCUCUUCUUUUCAAAAAAAAAUAAAAAUAAAUGCAACUUUCCUCCUCAGAAGAAUGCUGUUUUUGGUCAGCAAAGGAGGUAUUUAGCAGCAUUUGGAAAGUUUGAUUAACACAACAGGAGAUUUUUUCGGUUUUGGCCAUUAAAUCCUGUCCCGCGCUGUGCAACUUGCACGUACUAUGGGGGACCUGAUCCAGAGGCAAAAAACGAAGCAUAUGUUUAUAACGGCAUAAUAACAAUAAAUAGCAUAGCAGAACACGACAUACUUUGGUUUGGAAAUUUAGCAACAUUUUUGGAUAAUUAAGUAAUUUCCGGUGGAUACUGGCCGCGGCAAAAAGUCACUGGAAUUUUCUGCGACUGUGCAUGAACUCGAAAAGACAUUUUGUAUCCGGGAAGUAUCAAAAAUGUGGUAAAAUGCUUCCUUCUCCAAGUUAAAAAACUCCGAUUUCAAAAGCGCGUCCGCUCUUUUUGCGAGGGAGCCCUUCAAAACAAAUUUUUUUCACUUAGAAAGGGAAGCAUUUUGCCACAUUUUUGAUGCUUCCCGGAUCCAAAAUGUCUUUUCAAGUUCAUGCACAGUCGCAGAAAAUUCCAGUGACUUUUUGCCGCGGCUAUUAUCCACCGGAAAUUACUUUAUUCUCCAAAAAUGUUCCCAAAUUUCCAAACCAAAGUAUGUCGUGUUCUGCUAUGCUAUUUAUUGUUAUUAUGCCGUUAUAAACAUAGCGAGUUUGGUCCUAAUUGGCACACGUUGGACUGAGAGAGAGCAGGGGCUCACAACACAUACAUUUAUUACGUGGAGUGCUAUUAUCAUUUUCGUAAAUUGCAUGGGCAUUUUUUCGCUUUCGCACAGUGAACUUUGGAUUUUUUUCGCUAGAUUGUCGACAACGCACAGUGCAAUUUUCUCUCUUCGCGCCGUGCAAAAAUCAGGUUAUAAAAUAUGUUUUUUGUCCUGCUAUGCUAUAUUUAUGUCUUUGCGGUCGUUAGCUUUCAAAACAUUGCAUUUUGUGUAUCUACGUACAAUCCCAAUCCGUGGACAAAGUUCACUCAACGCUCUUCCAGGGCGACCAGAAAAACAGCGAGUGUUUUGUACAUAAAACGCACGUUUCUCGAAGGUGUUCGUAAUGUGUCAAGACCUUAAUACCAUGCAUCGUUGCUUGUUUGCCCAACCACGAGCCUCGCGUGGUCUUUGCAGAAAUGGACCUAAAAUUGUAUCCCAGUUCUGUUUUCGCUCAAGUUAAUUAAAACCACGUGGAAAUUGCCCGUUGAAGCGUGUUAAUUGUACUAUUCAAACAUCGAUAGGAUCCGCUUCGUAUAUUGGAUGUUGCAAAAAACACAGUUUGGUUGUAGCCUUUCCAUACCAUAAACUUUGUCCUUGCGGGCACAUGGUUUUGAAGUUUUUUCCUUCAAUUUUGAGAGGGAUGUACGCAAAAUGCAGUUACCUCAUCUCACAGGUUUGCAGCUAGGAUAGGGAGGUACAGGCAAAAAAAUUAAGACGUUAAAACUUUUUUAUGGAAGUUGAAGGCUUACUGUGUUGCCUUUGAGACGAAUUUUUCUUAAAAUUUUGGCUCCAGCGCUCAUGUUUUCUUGGCGUCCCGACACUUCCGGGAACCACCUUGCGGGCAGCCACUUUGCGGACUUUUACCGAUUAGAAUUACGAUUUUUCUAUCGCAAUCUACCUAGCCUGAUAGAAAUUUUGAACAUACCGCUCCCUGGUACCCAGGAAUACCAGGGAGCUAUAUAUUGAAGAAUUACGAAUAUAUUGAACUCAUCCUCUGCUUUCAAAGUUAUGGGAGUUGAUUUUCGAAAAAUGGUUUGGCAUUUCAUGUUGUAAGCAAUUGUUGACUGAUUUCCUUUCGUGCCCGCAGGAUCUCCGUGGUUCUUCUAGCUGGCCCCAAAGUGGUUGCCCGCCCUCAGGUUUCCUUUACAUUUUAGGGCCAAACCAUCGAAAUUUAGUCGCACGCUUUGCAGGAUCAGCCCACAAGUGAAUUGCGAAGCUCGAAUUUUCUUUUUUUCUUUAAUUUUUGCACACAGUAAGUUCUUAGGCCAUUUAUUAAUUCCUGAAAAAUUUUCGCUUGUGCUUUGCAGAGAAGACAUACAUUUUUGAGCGGAACAAUUGAUUUUUUAAAAAAAUUGGUCUUUAACCUUGCAAUAAGCUGAUUUUUUUCAGGAUAAACUAAACACUUAGUUUAUCCUGAAAUUUGAUAAACGUUUAUCCGUUCCGGGCAUAAACUACAUAUCAAUUCCUAGAAAUUCACACAGUUUUAGGCUUUACCUUUCUCCGGGUUCGUGCGGAAGAGAUCUGUUUUUUUGUGGAAACAUUACUCUCUACAGUAAAAACAAACAUGAAACCUUUCAUGCCAAAAUUCGUAAAAAAAUGUCAUUCUUUUGUCAAAUUUCAAACUAAAAGUCCCUAUCGUGUUUCUGCAAAGCGCGAGCUAGGAGUGCCGCAAAUAUGUCAGAAAAGAUUAUCCCAAGUUUGUACCAAGUCUCAUCAAAAUCUGAGCGUCGUACUUGGAGUACUUCCCUUGUAAGGUCAAUGAGGCCUAGAGGGAUGCAGGGAUCUUAUUGCUCACUCAAAAAGAUUCAAACCGUUUUUUGUAGUUUUGACUUGUUUAUCUUCACUUUGCGUAGUACUCAGGGGCGUAGCUAGGUCAAGCCCCCAGGCCGGGUCGAAGAAAACAAAUGCUAAGGGGAACCAAGGUCAUUUUAAACUUUGCAUGGUGGCUCUCCAGGCGGCCUCUAACUCCCCAGGAUUUUUGGCCAGCUACGACCCUUGUAGUACUGUAAAUCAGUAAUGUUUUGAGUCUUUUCGGUGGGAAGUUUUUAGAGGUAAAAAUUGUGAUCUUACAAAUUGGCGCUAUGACUUUUCGGGUCAACGAUACUAUGGAUCCCCUAGGGCCGUCGUUGUGUGCAUAAGGGAGGCUAGGAAGCUUAGUUAAUAGAAAUAUUAGUAAGAUUGAUCGGGAUAGCUUAUCACCUAUUCUGUGGUACCUACAUCUGUAAUAUCCAUAUAAAAGCUACGGAUCUUCGUUUUGUACCCGCUUGACAUGUUUCCGCGCAGUGCGAAAACACGUCAAGUUUUUUUGGUUCGCCUAGCACAAAGUCGCACGUGCAAGAUGCUUUCUUAUGUUUGAUUUCCUACCAAAACAGCUCAAAUUUGUAAGAUUAUCCGCGAAUAUUUUCUAUUUCCAUCUUGGCGCCCUCUGUUCUUAACACAAGCACGAGGAACUAAGAUAGCGGAAGGACAAAAAACAAUUGCUAAUCCCCCUUCCUAAGCUACAUUGCAUUGCUCUUUCGAGUGUACGGCUCUGACUAAUUGCGUGUAUGGCUGGACAGAGUUCAAAGACGAAAGUGUUGCUUUGAACGCUAAGUGCGGAUUUGUACAUUUAAUGGACCACGUGCGAGCAAAUUUUUAUGCAAAUAAUUUUUGGAUUGGUAAUAGGCGGGCCAAGGUCUUGGCAUGGUUUCGCUCUCUGCGGGCGCAUACAUUCGGCGUUGGGUGUCGCGCAAUAUAACUUCGGCGGGGCGCGAAAGAAAGGUACUGUGCUUUCAAUUGCCCUUUUAUAAUAAUAGAUACAACUUUUUCAAUACACCGUGAAUUUUACUCAUGGCCGCGCGACAGGUUUUUUGCACGACGCGGCAUUUUGCGUAAAAAAGACUUUUCGGGUGCGCUGGCGUAAAAUUGCAUGUCGGUAGUGCAGAAAACGGGAACUGUGCAAAAUUCUACGGACUUUAUGACGCAACUAGUACUAUCUACAAAAGACCAAAACCGGUCGGCAAAAUUUUCUUUCCACCUUUUUUGUAAAAAGAGUGCACAAAAAGUGCAUCAAAUGAGAAGAUGUUUUGUAACAGCACGGUGAUGUGGUGUUAUUAUUAGGGUGUCUCAUAAGUCUCCAGUAUUUUUGGGUAGUCGAUUUGUGCAAAUUCAUGUGAUGUUUCAAGUUACGAGUACGUGUUGAGCAUACGGUUUUGAAGCUCAGAAAUUGCGCUUUAUAACCGUGUAUGACGACGCUGCACAAAAUCUACCUGCUGGCUACACUACCCCAAUGUUGUACCAGACAUUAAAAAUGUUUAUCUGCUGUUGUUAAAACGGGUAUAUUUCGGAAAAUCAGAUGUGAACAAUAACUAAACGUGAAAAUUGGACGUACCAGGGCCCUAGGUAUUCUUUUAAUCAGCGCUGCAACGCUGGCGGGGGUAGUGGUAUAGCACACAUGAAAACUGAUGCACUCAUGUUUUUCAGACCAAAUUUUCUGAUGUGAAUAUUCGAGAAUCCUCUUACUAAAACAAAAUAGAUAUGUCAUUGUUUAGAGCCCACUGCACUACAAUGUUAUUUGUACUCAUGCCAACUUUUUUGGUGUUGAGUAAACACACCUCAUUUUUUUCAAAAUUUUUGGAUAGUGGUGAACAAGGUAUCCAUCUGAACUGUAUUUAGAACGCAUGAAUGUUAUGUUAUUUUCUAUCCGCUAUCGGCGCGACCUGCGCAGCCACCCUCAAAAAUUUUCAUGCGCAUAUGCAUGUACAUCAUGAUAUUGACCAUGGCGCGUGAUACAUGAAGCCUACAGGACAGCGUCGUAAGAAAUAAUUCAGUGGGAAACACGACUUAUUUAGGAACAGGGGGCUUAGUAGAUUUAUUCAAAAGUGCAAUUGCAUAGGUGCACCCUCACUUUCCAAAGAACGGAAUUGUUUUCCCAGUCCCAAAGAAUGUCACGUAUUGAGGGCAUGUAAUUGGUCAAUUUUUUAGACUAUUUUUACGUGUAAGAGAUGCUGAUUUUAGCAGGUGGAAAGAAAUUUUUUUUGACCAGUGUACUAAUAGGGUCUUUAUCAGUCCGUCUGGAAAAUAAUGUAGCUUCGUCGCGAAUUGAGAUUGUCCAUCAUCGCUUUGGUCGUCCACCAGUCAGCCGCGGCUGGAGAUUUGGUGCGCGACAACGACGAGACACUUCGCUGCGUCAAAUCGACAUUAUUUUCCAGACAGACUAAUAAAACAAUUUUUGUAGUAUACCAAACUGUCAGCUCGGAAUAAAUUCCUUAUCAGUCUGCCGGGAAAAUAAUGAACACUAUGUCGCGCCAAUCGCGUCGCUGAAAUGAAAAGCAAUUUGAUUUCUCCGCGACACAGUUCAUUUUUUGGCGGUAUGCGAUUUUGGAUGCGACAGAGUGCUCAGUAUUUUCCCGACAGACUGACAUAAAGUGUACUCAAUACGCGGAAAAAGGAUGACGAUACGUUUUUGAACACAAACAUCCCCCACGUCCCUAAUCGGCCCACGUUUCAUUUUAAUUAACUUGACUUGAGUAGAUCUUGGGUUGUUUUUCCAUUGUUGUUUUUCACGGACAAAGCCGUUGCGCGUAUUGUAAUAUCAAACAUCAACAUCAUUCCACUUUCAGCGAAGGAAUGACUUGGCAAGAGACGGCCGAAGAGUUUAUGCCUUACUAUAGCUACACUGCCGCGGCCAUUUCCUACGUCCUUAAUCUGCUGGUAAUUUACUUGGCCAAAACACAAAUGAACAAAAACACGGCGGAGUACAAAACGAUCAUCUUCCUCAACUGCGCCGUGGAUUUCAUUUUCAUCACCUGUAAUGUAAUGACGGCUACGGUAAGUCAGAAAUAGCAGAGUUUGCAUUACAAUAUCAUGCGACAAUAUCCUUGUUUUCAAAUUUGCAGUCACAAAACACGUUUACGGAUUACACAUGGCCUCGAAAUUCGUCAAAGUCUCGUGUUGUAAUAGAAUGCCAAAUUCAGGAUUUCGUUUCAGAACAAAAAACAAUGAUUAUUUUUAACUUUUUAUGACUGAAAACAGUAAAACUCCUUCCACUUUACAAAAAGGAUAAAACACGUUCACUAAUUACGUAAAUCUCAAAAAAUCGUAUUGUAACAGAAUGCCAAUAAGUCAAGAUUUCGUUUCGGAACUCAAAGCAUAGGGUUUUUAACCCGAAAUUUAUUGAAAACUGCAUUUUCAGGUGGCCGAAGUUCAAGACGGCAAUCUGUUUCUGCUCAGCACCAGUUUUCUCGGCGACGUUCCCCAACCCUACGCAGCAAUGAUCACUUUCACAUGGCUAUGGUCUCUAUUGCUAACAGUGGUUACCGUGCCCAUCCAGUUCCUCUACCGAUACAGCCAACUAUGCCUAAAGGAGAAGAUCACAACCAAGCAGUACAUCCUUAUAUAUGGUGCAUUCGUUAUGGCGCUAGCGAUUCAUUGUGCAGCGGGAAAUUUCGUGUUCGAAACAAACCCAGAGGUGCUGAGAAAAUACGAAUAUUUGAUGAGGAGGAACCUACUGUACCAGAAACGCAUGCCGGUUUUCACAUUGGGGUUCAAGGUGAGAAAUAACUGGUUAUAUGUAAAAAUUCUUCAGUUGUGAGAUUAGAAAGCACCCCUCGCUCGAAACAACUCUACAUGUAAAAAUUAGGUGCCUAAAAGAACCUAAAAAACCUACUCUAAUUUUAAAGGGUCUGUUUUUGUGUCAAAUGUUACCUUUAUUGGUGCUACCUUGAGUUAGAAGUCAAGCAGUGGUCCGGUUGUUCCUUGCCGAUAGAUUUGGCUGAUUUGGGGACGAUUUCGUUUCCGGCGACGAGUUCGCGGUAGUGAAGAGUGAAGAAGGGCAGUAGAAUCCAAUUACUAAGAGAAUACACAGUAAAAAAGUAAAAUAAAACGAUUCCCUAUGUAAAAUCUAACCGAUAUCAAUCGAAGAUUCAACAGAAACUUUUUCUUCACCUUUGCCAUCGAAUGUUCUGGAAUGAAACGGAAUGCCAAGAAAAUCAGGGACUAUCGUUUCGAAAAGGAGUUUGUCGGUUGGCGUCUCACUGAAAACCAAGACUAUAGUUUCUAUAUUUAGUAAACAACCUUUUUUCAGGAUUCCCCAAUCCAAGCUCUUCACAUGUUGAACUGCAUGCUCAUUGUUGGCACUGCAUAUUCGAUUGUGGUUUAUUGUGCCAUCAAAACACUACGACAUCUAAAGGAAACGAGAAAGUCGCUGUCAAGGAACACAAUGGCCGCACAGAAACAGUUGACGAUCAUCAUGUUCAUGCAGGUACGGAAAAUUCGUAAUUUCAAAACUUCAAAUGUUACUUUAGGCGACAAACCCACUUAUAAUGCUGAAUUUCCCGAUCUUCCUGACUUGCAUUUUUACCUUGUUCAACGUUACGGUUACCGGGAUCGCGAUCUUCAUUGCACCGGUUGUAGCCUUCAUCCCGAUUCUGAAUCCACUGUGCGUAAUUAUUGUGAUUCCGAGCUUCCGGAAGUUCGUCUUUUGUCAGCGCGGAGGAAGGGAUGGAAAGAUUGGGACGAACACAGAUGUGUAUUCGAUACGGAACUCUACAUCUGAUCCACAUUAA